CUUCGCAACUGCUCCGCUCUGCUGUGGAACUCCAGAAAGUCCUCGUGUAUUCCAUGCAACUGGUCGGUAUUGAACAACUCUCUGUAUACCCGAAAUCGUGAAACCAGUCAUCCCCAAAAUGAACUCCGACCGCCCCUCCGAAGACGACGACGCAACCCAGAUACUGCCGUCCGCAAGUCAGACAACCGCACAAUCCCCGCCGGCAGCCGAUGCAGUCCCAAUCCCAGCGGAAGUGAAUCCCACCUCAGCGAUACCGGACCUCCGAAAAGCGCUGCGAACUUACGGUAGUAAUCGAUCCAAACAUGACGAGCGAACCCCUACGGUUGAGCGCUCGUUCCCUGAUUUGGAUGACUUUGAUUUCGCUGAUCCGGAGGUUCGCAAAGAUGUGGCGUCGGCUGAAAGGCCCCUGAGUACAGAGAACGCGGUUGCGACUAAUAACAUGGACCAUGCCGGCGGUGUGCUCAGUCCAUCAGACAAUGGCGAUGGCGACUACGAAGACGAAGAUGUGCCAUCGUACUCCAGAAAGCGUGGACGAGUGGGUGCUAUGAAACGUCGAAUUGCUGCGUCGGGUUUACAGGAUGAUGAGGAACCUGAAGGGCAAGAAGAGACGGAAGCGCCACCUGAGACGAAUGUUAGCGAUGUGCAGCGCAAAGAUCUGAUUCGAGAGAAACUAAGGGCGAUGGCGGCGCGAGAACGGGAAAAGCUUGAGCAAAGCCAGAGAGGGGCGCGUAACAGCGAAUUGAGUGGUGACGAGGGACCCGUUGAAGAACCUCACGCCGUCCCAGCGGAAGAUCAGAUAGACGCGCACGCACAGUUGCCUGAGGGCCUUUUCGAAGAGCUCAGCGGCGAUGAUGCCGCGGCUGCGUCAGACGGAGAUGAGGAGGACGAUGGUAUGCGGGACUCGGACGGGAAUUUACUUGACGAGGAACCUAGUGUCCCAAUCUCAGCGCCGAAGAAACGAUUAAAGAAGUCCUUGAACCAGAAAGAGAAAUUGGAGCUCAAGAAGCAAACUGAGGCUUUACUGCGGAGCGCGGAGAUUGAGCUACCGAAACGGCAAGGGAAGUUCACCAUGGACAAUUUUCUCGCGUCGCGCGGCAUCGUGCGCAAGCCAGGGCGCGUGGAAUCUGUGCCUGAGGUGACAUCUCCCGGCGGCAUGGUGACUGCAGCAGUACCGAAUCCCGCUGAGGCGACCACAAUCAAGACCGAAAGCCCCGCACGCCCCUCACCCCGCAAAAACCUCCCUUUGAAAUCCGACAAAGUCGUCAGUCGGUCGGAAUUCGCCGACAUGCAAAAGGCCAACGCUGCCCUCAGCCGUCAACUAAUGAUGAACAUCGAGCUGGCUGACGACGACGCGGCCCUUAGCGUCGACGACGAAGAUGACGCCGACGCGUUAGAAAUCAUUGACGUCCUCGCCGAGCCCAACAUCAAAGAGGAAGGGCAGAAGCACAACCCGUUUGCGUACGCUGCGAAACCGACCAAGAAGGCUUUGCUGAAUCGGGAACUGAUGCAUAAGAAUCAGGUGUUGGCGAGGCAGAGGCGUGUGAUGGAGGAGGAGGCUGCGCGGGCUGCUGAGGAGGCGAGGAAGAAGCGAAGGGAGGAGAAGAAGGCUGAGCGGCAUGCUGUCAAGGUUGAAGCUGGACCCAAAACGGACGGUGAAAGAAAGACGGAUGCGGAUGCAGACCAUGAUGAGGAUGAUAUCGUGGAGAUGCACGUCGGAUCGCAGGAACCGCCCGCAGACACCAAUGGCGACGAGACUGACAAUGAACGGAAAAACGAGAACGGGGAACAUGGGCGGCCGCUUGUGCGGAGGUUAUUCUCGGAUUUGGACCGGACGCCGUUUGCGGUACUGUUCAGUAAGCCGGAGCAGGAUGAUAGUGAUGAUGAUGAUGCGCUGGAUCGGGAUCGUGAGCGACGGAAGAUGCCGAGUGAACGCGUGAGGGUUGGGGAGGACGAGGAUGAUGAGGACAAUGAUGGAUUCGAUGACAAUGAGGACAUCACAUUAGAACCAAAACCACCAAGCGAAUACACGCAAUCGGUCCGUUUACCCGCCCCUAUCAGCCUACAGUACAGCUAUUCGUUAGACAUGGAUCCGCCAGAGUACGUUUGGCAAUGCUGGUAGACGGAGCUGCUGAUUUUCUAGGCAGCAGUGGCUAACCUAUCCGCACUUCUUAG